AUCCAUUUACCCCGUCCUUGUUGUUUACAGUGGUUGCAAAUUCUAAAUCAUGGCAACUAAAGGCGAUGUUAAAGCCAAAAAAGGCGAUAAAAAGAGUGCCAAGAAACUAGACGACGCACUGGCAAAUUUAGGCCCAAGCGAAACACCUCAGGCAGAGGGACGGGAAUCUAUUGAAAUUCCAGAAGUAACAGAAAACACCCAACCAAAAGCACCAUCACCUGAAACGGUGUAUGACGAACCGACACUGUCCGAACUAAUAGUCAUAAGGAUUAGUGAUGUGACUGCAGGAUGUAUCGUUAUGGAAACCCUAAGUUACUCUGGUGACAAGGUGCGAGGUCUGUACCAUGGUGAGGGUGAGGCCUCAUUUUCUGGGGGCCAUGAGUACAAGGGCCAGUUUGCAGAUGGCUUUAUGCAUGGGCGGGGCAAGUACAAGUGGGCUGACGGAGUCACCUAUGAGGGAGAGUUCAUGAGGAACCAAGUGACAGGCAAGGGACUGUACCAGUGGCCUGAUGGCAGCACUUACGAUGGGGACGUAGUGUUUGGAAAGCGACAAGGUGUGGGGACGUUCAAGUGCCGCAACUCUGCCAUGUCCUACAGUGGGGACUGGGCCAUGGGAAAACGCCAUGGAAAGGGUCGCAUGGACUACGACUCAGCGGGGAAGUCCUACUAUGAAGGUGAUUGGGUAAACAACGUACGUCACGGCUGGGGCACACGCCAGUACCCGAGUGGAAAUAUCUACCAGGGCAUGUGGUUCAACAACGUGAGGCAUGGAGAGGGGACCAUGAAGUGGGUGGACCGAGAUCAGAUCUACACCGGACAGUGGGAGAACGGGAUACAGCAUGGUGUAGGUCAGCACAUCUGGCUGCUACGUCGUGUCCUGGGGUCCCAGUAUCCACUACGUAACAUGUUUGAUGGGGACUUUGUCAACGGCUUAAGACACGGCUAUGGCACGUUCUACUAUGCCAACGGAGCCAAGUACGAAGGGGGCUGGAAAAACAACAUGAAACAUGGAAAGGGCAAGUUCACAUUCAAGAAUGGCCGUAUCUACGAGGGCAUGUUUGAGAGAGACCACAUUGUGGAGUACCCAGAGUUCACCAUGGACGGCACCUCGUCACCUGACCUCACCAACAUACGGACACGCACACCUCUCCCUAUGGACAACAUGUCAGUGCACAGCAACGAGAGUCGUAACACUGUUAGCCCCAGCUUCCAGCUCGACCUUGACUACCUGCUCAAUGAGUUUGUGGAGGCUGACCGCGAUGAUGAGGCCAGUCAGGUCCUGUUUGUGGUCACCAGACAUAUCUCAAGCCUGCGCCGCAUUUACAGUUUCUACAGCUCUCUGGGACAUGAGGAGAGUCCUGACAACACGUUUGUCAUGAACAAGAUGCAGUUCUGGAGAUUCUUGAAGGACACCCGACUCCAUCACAAAGAACGUACGCUUACUGACAUGGACCGCAUGCUAGCGCACAAGAAAGACAGCCAGGAGAUACACAGCCCCCAUGAGAGGAUUCUGCAGCGACAGUUCAUCAACAACCUUAUUGUGCUGGCCUACCACCUGUACAAGCAGGAUCACCCGGGAACAACCCCAAAGCUGGCCUGGUGUGUCUCUAGGCUUAUUUCAGACCACAUACUCAGAUACGCUUGCAAUGUGAAAGGACAUUUCUACCAUGAGCAGAGACGGGCAUGCAAUGCCCUUGAAUACCUGGAUCAAACCUACGAGAUAUUCACUGCUCUGUCCACACCUAGACCACAAGCUCCUCAUGACCUUGCCUUGAAGAUGAGAGAAUUCCUGUUCAUGAUACAGGACCUGAAGCUGAUCAAUGCAGACCUGACAGCCAAGGGAGUGAUAGAUACACUGGCCAAGGAUGAUCCCAAUGUGACUGACGGGGAAGGCAGCUACAACCUCGAACUGGAGAUGUGCUUCAUGGAGUUCUUCGAGGCAUUGAUUGGUUGCGCAGAACUGUAUGUCACUGAGGCAGUUGUCAAGGACCCCAGCACUCCUCGCCCCUCUACAGGCAUCACGAAGGAUGAAAGCAUGUACUCAAUACCAAACUCUCCCUCCCGGCUCACCAGUCAGGGUGGUGUUGAUGAGCAGUCUGUAGCACAUGGUACCCCACGUGAUGGCCAGUCCCCAGAGACAGCCUCCCCCACCCGCGCUGUGUCGUCUGCUGAGGGGACCAUCAAGACUGGUGAGGGGCCAGCAUCCAAGGGCCAGGACCCGGAAGUGUAUUCUAAACGUAUCUCCAAUGUGACUGGUGCUGCCUCAGACGGGGGUCAAGGGGACACCCACAGCAGACACGGCUCAGCUAAAGAUGGUCCAGGCACUGAGCAGCACAAGAGUUCCUCGUUCAUGAGUACAGCCACGAUGGAGGAGGACAAGCUUGUACACAGCACGGUCUCCAUCGAGGGUCAGACACUCGGAGGUCACACUGAGGAGGACGGGGAGGGGCACACACAGCAGGUUAAGGAUAUAGGAACAAAAUUGAACAAGAAAGGCGAUGAGGAGGAGGAGGAGCUAGAUGAGGCUACACGCCAGUUUAACUUCUGGACCCAUCAGAUACACAUCUUCUUUGCACGCAAGUUCCUGCCAGCUGCUGAGAAAAUGAUUCGCCUGAAACAUGCUGUGCAGAAGAGGCUGCAGUCCCAGGUCCAGGAAGUGGCGUCUACAUCUGCAACCAAUGCUGAGGUUGUCGAGCCCAAUCAGGUCGUUGUGGAGGAGAGAACUCUGGCGUGAAUUGGGACAUCAGGCACAAAAGUGUGAUCUCCCCUGAUUAACAGAUUAUUGAGCAAUCCAGGGGAGACCACUGGAUUAUGGGACACCACAACGUACUCAGUCACCUCCCCUGUCCAAAACUAUUUAACGAAUGUUAUAUGUUAAACAAUAAACUAUAUGACUCAUCUGACAAACAAUAUGACUGUGAUGUAGCCACACUCUCUGUCAGUGGAAAACUAUAUGCCUUUUUAAUGCCUAAUUCAGUGAUGGAUAGGCAAAAUCUGAACUGUUUAGAUUUAUCAAUAUUUAUUUUUAAAAGUGUAUAUUUUGAAACAUACUUCUAUGAGAUUUUGCACAUGUAAUUUAUUAACCUUGAUUGAAGUAUUAGGUAAUAAUACAAAAACAAACUAUUAUCAUAUAACGGCAAGACAAAGAUAUAUGUAUAUAUAUAUAUAUAUAUAUAUAUAUAUAUGUUAUAUUUAUAUGUAACAUAUAUGGCAACUUUUAAAGAGGAAAUUAAAUGUGGGACUUGUGUAAAUUUAUCCGUCCAAUAAUUUACAAUGUACAUUUAAUGUUGUUGUUUUUAUACUUAUUUCUUUAUACUGCCACAAGCUAUGCCUAAAAAAGAGUCACUGUAAUCUUAUAAUUAGCCCUGCUCUGUGAAAAGGAGGUUAAAUGCAUGUGCUGAAGUGUAGUCCCAGAUUAGCUUGUGCAGUCUGCACAGGCUUAUCAGGGACGACACUUUCUGCUUUUCUGUAUUUUUUUGUUUCAAGAAAGUCUCUUAGUACCAAAACUCAAGUUAAGACGGAAAGUGUCGUUCAUGAAUACUAAGUUGUUACUCACCAAAAAUCAGAUAUUGUUGUUGUAAAUCAGAUAUAUUUUUUAAUACAAAUUAUAACUUUAUAUGUUUUGUUUUAAUGCAUGCUGUUAAUUGGUUGUAUCAUUAUAUAGAGAUUCAGCAAAUAGAAUUGAAAUGAAGGACACACUCUUUUAUAUAUACAUAAUUGUAUAAUUAUUUAUUAUUUUUAUUAUCCCCGCCGAAAUUUUUUUCGGAGGAGAUAUAGUAAUUGGUCCUAUCCGUCUGUCCGUCCGUCCAUCCGUCUCUCCGUUCGGCUAAAACUUUGUGCGGAGCAUAACUCCAAAUCUAUUCAAUGGAUUUACUUUAAACUUAGAAUAUAAACAGAUGGCAACUAGGAGAAGUGCAGUGACCAAGAACCAUAACUCUAUCUAACUUAGUUUUUGAAUUAUCUCCCCUUUUAUAUAACUUUAAAGUACAUUUUUUUCUGGAGCAUGACUCUAAAUAUACUAAAGGGAUUUACUUGAAACUUGAAAAAUAAACAGAUGGCAACUAGGAGAAGUGCAGUGACCAAGAACCACAACUCUAUCUACCUUAGUUUUUUAAUUAUCUCCCCUUUUAUAUAAUUUAAAAGUACAUUUUUGUCCAGAGCAUUACUCUUAACCUACUAAAGGGAUUUACUUGAAACUUGAAAUAUAAACAGAUGGCAACUAGGAGAAGUGCAGUGACCAAGAACCACAACUCUGUUUACCUUAGUUUUUGAAUUAUCACCUCUUUUAUAUAAUUUUAAAGUAAUUUUUUGUCUGGAGCAUAACUCUAAAUCUAUUGAAGGGAUUUACUUGAAACUUGAAAUAUAAACAGAUGGCAACUAGGAGAAGUGCAGUGACCAAGAACCACAACAGUAUCUACCUUAGUUUUUGAAUUAUCUCCCCUUUUUUAUAAUUUAAAGUAAAUUUUUGUCCGGAGCAUAACUCUAAAUCUACUGAAAGGAUUUACUUGAAACUUGAAAUAUAAACAGAUGGCAAGUAGGAAAAGUGCAGUGACUAAGAACCAUAACUCUAUCUACCUUAGUUUUUGAAUUAUCUUCCCUUUUAUAUAACUUUAAAGUAAAUUUUGUCCGGAGCAUAACUCUAAAUAUACUAAAGGGAUUUACUUGAAACUUGAAAUAUAAACAGAUGGCAACUAGGAGAAGUGCAGUGACCAAGAACCAUAACUCUAUCUACCUUAGUUUUUGAAUUAUCUCCCCUUUUAUAUAAUUUUAAAGUUAUAUUUGUCCGGAGCAUAACUCUAAAUCUAUUGAAGGGAUUUACUUGAAACUUGAAAUAUAAACAGAUGGCAAGUAGGAGAAGUGCAGUGACUAAGAACCAUAACUCUAUCUACCUUAGUGUUUGGAUUAUAUCCCUUUAUUUAAUUUCAAAGUAAUUUUUUGUCCGGAGCAUUAUGAAUUAUCUCCCUUUAUUUGUUUUUAAAUAUUAUUCUACUCUCUAAAACAAAUGUUGUCAUACAACCAAACACAUUACUUCGGGGAUUUGGCACAACUGUGACAAGCUCUUGUUAUACAUGUAAUUGUCGAGAAUGUAAGAUGUGUAUUAGAACAUGUACUAAGGGCAUGAGAUGUUUUUUGCUAUACAAAUAUAACAUUUGUGAUAGUUUGAUUUGUCCUACAUUUUAGGGACUGUGUUGUGUUAGUAUUAAUUUACACUUCUUAUGUGUAUGUUGUCAAAUACUUUCUUGUCAUAAGUAUUUACUUACAAGGGAUAUAUUUGAACAUUAAGUAUAGAAUUUGCUGUGAUACGAAGUUUUCUUGUUCUGUUUUUAUUUAAAAUGUGUCUGUGCAUUUCUUAUGUAAUUUUAUGAAGAAAUAAAAGUUACAUCUU